UAUUUUCUUCCUUAUUUCCAUCUAGCGAAGGAAGCAAAAGGAGUUGGUUCCACACAGAGCAUCGUUUUCCUACAAAAGCCCUCAGUCCGAACAGAACACAGUGUCGGAAGAGAAGUGAUAUACUCAAAUGGCUUCUGUAUCACUUAAUCAUAAAAACCCAAAUUCAGUAUUCAUCAUCUGUGUUUUGGGGGUAAUUGUUGUGUGUUCGAUUUCUCCAGAUCAAGCCCUUGCAAAGUCUGGUCGCCCAAUCUCAGAAUAUGAGAUCAAAGCAAAGAAAAACCAGUGUUACGAAGACAUCCAAAGUGGAUUAUGGGGUGGGCAAUGCAAGUCUUCUAUGGUAGCAAAGGAGAAUUGCGCUUUGCGAUGUUUGUCGCCAGCUUGUUAUGAGCUCGUUUACGAGAGCGAUCCGUUGGAAGAGGGAGAAAAAGAUUAUACCAGGAGCCAAGAGUACAAGUACUGUAUGCACAAGUUAUCGAUGGGAGAGAGUCUGGAUGAUGUUAGAGGUUCCUUUGACAUUUAGUUUAGGGUAAAUUACACUGACACUGCCUGAGGUGGAUGUGAAGUUCGAGGAAACCUACAAUACCCAAAGAGCAGAUGAGCUGGAGAAGGUUUCUGAGAACCACAUAGUUAGUAUCAUUUGCUUCCUCAGGAGGUACAUCUUACUCAAGUGAUCAACAUGAGCAAUGGGGGGCUCCCAUUUCAAUCCUAAGUUGAUGCCCAUGCACUCGAAUAAUGUAGGGAUGAUUUCAAUUUAAUUACUAUUGUGUGUGUGUUUUUUUUUUCUUUCCUAUUUUUGAGUUUCUUUUCUUUUUUCUUUAAUGAGUGAAAACAAUAAAAAGAGUUGGUAUAUAUUUGGAGUUCAAGGUGU